AGAAGUUUCCAGUCUCAAUGGAAAGAGUCCAGAUCUCAUCACAGCCCGAUCCACAGAUGCCUUCUGGAGCUUUGAUUCAUGUGCCAUGUUACUUGGGCAACCUGCCCUUCAGAGUCUGGAAGAAGAUGCAGGACAUUGUCCAAAACACUCCUGUGAUUCUGGAUCCAAACACGGCUCAUCCAUCUCUCGUCCUGUCUGAUGAUCUGACCAGUGUGAGAUGGAGUAACAUCAGGCAAUUGCUUCCUGAUAUUCCAGAGAGAUUCAACAUCUAUCCCUGUGUUUUGGGUUCAGAGGGUUUUAACUCAGGAACGCACUGCUGGGAUGUGGAGGUUAAAGAGAGUUCAUCCUGGAGUGUUGGGAGUAACUACAGCAUCAAACCAAAGGGAGGUCCUUGA